AUGGCAGAGAACAGGGAUGCCAGCAGUCCCAUCGUCACUGAGUCACUGUCCCUCUUUCCAUCUUCUUUUUUUUUACAGAUUUCCAGUCCACGCGAAGUGGUCGAAAGGGUCAUUCAGAGGAUUUGUGAACAGGGCAAGAAGAACGUCCUGGCCUUUGGCUACUCCCUGUUGGAUGAGGGCAGAUGCCCCUUGCCUGGCGUGCCCACCAUCUGCAGCAUUCUGCCUAAUAACACAACAGAAGACAUUUGCCAGAGUGUGCUGUGGGAAAAGUUCCUGAGCCGAGUUGGGGAUGAGCUCAUGAUGUACCUGUUAGAGCACUGUGCGCUCUUCAUGCUGGUGUCUCCUACCUGCUGCUACCAGAUUUGUGGGCGACCUGUCUAUCAGCUUACUGUAGGAACCACGGAGCCCUCUCCCGUGUUCUUUCGGCAGACAGAUUCCAGGCCAACUCACAAUGUUUUAUCCCGGUACCUGCUAGGAAGGCUUCAGUCUCGUAGGCGUUACCUAGGAAAGGCAAAAUGGAGGAAACGCCAAGCUGAAAUACGAGACCCACAGGGAGGUUGGUGUUCUUCUUUGGUUGGCCGGGACUGUACAAAGAGCAAGCCAGUUACAAGGAUCAGUGACUAUUUGGGGAGCCAGCGAAGACCCAGUCAGCGGUCAUCAUUGACAGCGGUUUUACUAAAAAGAAAACGGAAGAAUUGCAGUGAAAUGGAUGCAAAGAGAAUGAAAACCGCACCAGUGGAUGAAGGGUUAGAAGAGCAAGCAAGAGACCUCUCUCUUGCAGAGUGCAAAGAUCAGUUGAUUGGAGGCGGUGGUAGUAAUCUUUCUGGAGGGAGCGUGAGGGCGUGUUCAGAAGACAAGUUAGCCGCUAUGAAAUGUGUUCCUCAAGAACGUGGUUCUGGGGCACAGACCUCUGGCGCAUCUUUCAUGACUCUGGGAACUCACCAGCUUGUUGUGUGUGACCGGGCAUUAAGGGCAGAUGGUGAGAAGAAAACGUUCCAGAACUCCAGCAUUAACACAAAGCGGGGAACAGGCGCUCGUAGAGUUUCUCCAGUGCAGAAGGUAACUGCCAGAAAUAUUACUGCAGAUAAAUGCCGGAAGAACACACUGAAUUCAGUCAGGGAGCCUUUUGAAAAAAUACACACAGCAGGCAAAAUUAAGAUGCGUGACCUCUUGUAUUCUCGCCGGCCAUGGAAGGAGCGUUUACCUCACUCGUUUGUCCUGAAUCGCUUAAAGGGUUGUCAGGCAGGGGGACGAAGGCUUGUGGAAGCCAUCUUCUUGAGCGACAAGGUUCCAAAGGAGCCCGACGAUGCCGGUCUCCCAAGUUGCCGCCAGAGGAAGAAGAGGCUUCCAAAGCGUUACAGGCGCGUGAGAGGCGAGUUCCAGGAAUUGCUGCGGAACCACGCAAAGUGUCCCUAUCUAGCGAUGUUAAAAAAGCAUUGCCCUGUUUUGGUUUCAGACAAAAUUGGUGUCAGGAAGCUAGGUGAGGGCUUGGCAAAGACUCAGUGGGGCGCGGCUGAAGAUGGCCUCAGCGGUGUAUCAGGUGGUUUGUGUCCAUCCCCGGAAACAUCCAAUAAUUCAGGCAGAAUUGGUGAGCGCGUCAAGUUGAGUCAAAAAGAAAGUGAGGAGUCAACCCCCAGAGACCCCCCCGGGACUGAUUUCCUGGCGCUCCUGAAGCAAAACAGCAGCCCCUGGCAAGUGUACACCUUUGUGAGGGGAUGUCUCGAAAGAGUGGUCCCUGCGGCUCUUUGGGGUUCUAGUCACAACAAGCGUCGUUUCUACAAAAAUGUGAAAAAAUUCAUAUCCCUGGGGAAGCUGGACACGUUUCCUUUGCGGGAGCUGCUGUGGAGAAUGAGGGUGAACGAUUGUGCCUGGCUCCGCCUGACCAAAGAGCGUGGCCGCUCCGUCCCUGCCUCGGAACACCAAUUCCGUACCCGUCUGCUCUUCAAGUUUUUGUUCUGGCUGAUGGACUCCUACGUUGCGCAACUCCUCUGGUCUUUCUUCUAUAUCACAGAGGCUGAGUUUCAAAAGAACUUGCUCUUUUUCUUCAGAAAGGCUGUCUGGAGGGAGCUGCAGAGCCUGGCAGUCAGGAGCCAUCUUGCGAAAGUGCGCCUUCUUGCCUUGUCAAAGGAGGAGAUCGAAACCCUGCAGCAGAGGAGGAGUGUUCCAUUGGCGGCCAAGCUCCGCUUCAUCCCCAAAAAGAAUGGGCUGCGACCCGUGGUCAGGCUGGAUAGUCCGGUGGGAGCGGAGAAGUUCUGCAAGAAGAACAGAGACAAAAAGGUUCAGUACUUCAACAUGCAACUUAAAAAUCUAUAUAGCGUGCUCAAGUACGAACAAAAGAAGAAUCCCGGCCUGCUUGGUUCUUCUGUCUUUGGGAAAGAUGAUAUCUAUGCCACAUGGAAGAAGUUUGUUCUGAAAGUUUUGGAGUCGAAUGCCCAAAUGCCUGCAUUCUAUUUUGUGAAGGCUGAUGUCAGUGGGGCUUACGAUACCAUUCCCCAUCGUAAGGUGGUGGAAGUGAUUGCACGGAUCCUGGGUCCCGAUAACAAGACCAGCUAUUGUAUUCGACGUUAUGCAGUGAUUAUCAGGGCGAAGAACGGGCAGAUCAUCAAACGAUACCGGAGACACGUAUCGACAUUGAAGGACUUUAUACCAGAUAUGGCUCUGUUUGUCCGUCAUCUUCAACAGACCACCUCACUGCGAAAUGCGGUGGUAGUUGAACAGGGUGUUUAUUUGAAAGAAAGAUGUUCCGACCUGUUUGGGUUUUUCCUCCAGUUAAUCCAUAGCAAUAUCCUAAAGAUUGAGAACAGGUACUAUGUCCAGUGCUGCGGGAUCCCCCAGGGCUCCAUUUUGUCAACUUUUCUUUGCAGUCUCUGCUACGGAGACAUGGAAAAGAAGCUACUGCAUGGUGUGCAGGAAGAUGGGUUGCUGAUGCGUCUAACAGACGACUUUUUGCUUGUGACACCUCACUUAGCAGAAGCCAAAACUUUUUUGAG